AUGAGUGGUUGUGCGGUUUGCGGAGACCGGGUGAACGGCAGUCGCUACGGCGCCCCCGCCUGCCUCGGAUGCAUCGUCUUCUUCCGGCGCGCCAUCAUCAACGACGUCAACUACAAGUGCCUCAAAGGCGAGAACUGCCCCAUCACUAAUGGUUGGGAGAUAUGAAUGUUGAAGGUCUUUUACAGAAGGUGUUUUACAGAAUCCAGAUGUAUAUGUCGGUUUUGUCGGCUUCAGAAAUGCUUCACUGUUGGUAUGAAAGCAGCAGGUUUGUGUAAACCUUUUUUUGAAGCUCAGAGUUAGGUUUUGGCAUUUUCCACGUUCAAGGAACACUAAAUUAAUAGUGGUAUUGUUGAUUUUUUUGAAUUUUUGGGAGAUCUUCAUACGAUUUUGUUGUUUUCUAAAAAAGCUGGCAAAUUUUCAAGAAACUGAUUGUUUUAUGUUGUUUCAUUAAGCGAUAUAAUUCACUGGCUGAAUUCUGUAGUCGAUUCAGAAAAAAAUUGAUCUAAUUUUUAAAAAGAAGUCAGACUAGUUAUUCAAAAAACCAUUGAAACAAGGAGCUUUUAAAUGGCUUUUUUCUAGUUUUGAAAGGACUUUGCAUUUUUACGAAAAAUUUUUAAUAUUCUUUAUAGCGUGAAAUUUGAAAUGAAAUUGUUUUUGAGUCUAGAAAGUGUUUUUUUUUCAGCCAUCCAAAGAAGAGAUGUGAUGGGCCCAAGAAAGUCGAAAAACAUGCCUGCGCCUCAAAUAAUCAAAGAAGAAAGAUUUUCUCCAGUUUGUACGCCGGUCGCAUCGACCAGCGGAACCUCUUCCAAUGGUCAGUAUUUUUUCAAUUUACCGUUUUUGCUGGUAAUUUCUCGAUGUCUGAGUUAAUAUCUUCUUUUUCUGCGAUAUAUCUUAAUUUUUUCAGUAACGAUUAGUUCAACUGGAGGAUUAAUCGACAAAUUAAUGAGACUUCAAGAACACCAGUGGUCCUGCCACCGUUCUUAUUUCUGCAUGGGCGAGAAUUUUUCCAUGGGUGCUGAUAUGUUCGACGACAUCAAACUCCGAGUAAGAUAUCAAUAAAAUUGUUCUCUUCUCUUUUCAGUAUGAAUUUAGUUUUUCUGUAAUCUUUCUCAUUGUUUUUUUUUUUUGAAUUUUUGCGAUUCCUAUGUCAAAUGGUGUUCUUGAAAUGAGGACCUCGGUAAAAAAUAUGCCGGACUUUUUCUGAGCAUUUCUAAUGGCAACUUUAGCGGCGUCAGUACCUUCAAUUAACUCUAGAAUUUUUCCGUAGCGCGUCCGGUUUGCGUUACAGAGGUCCAAUAAUAUAAAAAAACGUGAAAUCACGCGGUUUUCUUCCAUAAAAAAGAAUAAUUUCACCUCAUGUCUAAAUUUACUUUGAUAAACAGGGGUUUUGGGUUUUUUCAUAGGUUUCACACAUUUUAUCCAUUUUCUAAUGAGAAAUUAUUUUUUUCCCAGAGCUUGUCGAACUUAAAAAGGGUAAUUUUUAUUAAAUUAGACAAAGUAAACGCGAACAGAGAACAGUCAAAAAGAUGAGAGUUAAAAAGUUUUUUUCUACUCAUUUGGAUUAUCAUGAUAUUCAAUUAUCGUAAAUUCAUUUAUAUUGAUUAAAAACACACAAUACGGAUUCUUUUUUUCCAGAUCCAAGGCGAAAACUUUCGGCGAGCUCGCUCAGGCGAUGUUAACACAAUGAUACGGUUGGGGAUCGUAGACGCCGUCCGAUGGGCCAACCAAUUUGAGAUUUUCCGGUCUUUACACAAUCAUCACAAGGUUUUUCACAUUUUUUUGGUCAUAACUUGAAAAAUUGAUUUAAGAAAAGCAUUUUAUCGGAAUACGCAUUCGCCUUUAUGCUUGUCGAUCAAGGAUAUUUGACGUCGCAACGAGAAGAAGAUGUGAGAAAAUGUUUAUUUUAUUGUAGUAUUUUUGUGGUGAUUUUUCAUCGAAUGGAAGGUAGUCAUUAAACUUCGUAGGUUAGAUAUUCCUUCAAAAAAUUAUGCCAUUCAGGAAGGAUUUCCUGAUUUUUAGCUUACAAAAAGCCGUUAUUUUCUUGAAAAUUCUUUUUUUUUUAUGAAUAAUGGCGUUUUCUGAAAACUUCUUGGUACCUUAGGAAAUUUUCAAAAAGAAAGGUUGAUAUUGAAGUCAAUGAAAUCCGAUGCUUAUGAAAUCUAUCAAAAGUAACGCCAAAUAAUACCUCCUGCGUAUAAAUCAAAUUUAUCGAAAUUAUCUCUCUUUUUCAUUUUACACCUUGUGAAAUAUUUGUGUUCAAAUUCACGCUGCUAAGUUUUCAGGAUCUCUGGAUGCUUCAAAAUAACACAUACAUGCACAGUGAUUACUUCAAAGGAUUACCGGAGGCAGAUAAAAGAUUGGAUAUGGUCCACACAAAGGCCAAGUAGGAAAAAAAAAAUUUCUGAUUUAGAUGAGAAAUUUCAGAUUGCACCCGCAUUUCGUGAAAGACGCAUUGCAAAGUGUCGGUUUACCGAUGAAGGCCUUGGUCAUCGAUACUUUUGAAUGCGCCGUUUUGAAAACUAUUCUGCUCUUUGGACGUAUGUUUUCCAUAAUUUCUGUGUUUAGAGUAGAGCUGGCCAAUAGAAAUUAAAUUUGCGGUAUCGUUCAACUGAGAAGAAAGGAUCAAAAAUAGGAUUUAAAACAAAAACAUUUUGAAAUUGCCUAGAUUUUACAGCCAUCUGGUUGUGGCUAAAAAUUUCACAUUUUAAUUUUUUGUAUUGUCUAUAUUUUUUUAGGUGGAAUCAAAAUUCUUAAUCAGUCUUUAUACUAUUUUUCGAAGCAUCGCUCAAAAAAAGGAGAGGUCAAUCUGUCUUUAUGGUUAUGUUUGAUUCAGUUUUUCAAAGUUCUCGAAACCCUAAAAGAAUGUUGAAAUAAUGGUGUCUACAUUUUCAUUUCAAAAAAAUUAAUUUCACCCUGAAAUUAUGAAAUACAGAAUCGGAUCUAUCUGCAAUAUCUAAAUUUCAGACAAAAACUUCUUUCUGGAAAGUCGAGAAAUGCUGCAGCAACUGGAAUCCCGAUGCAUUCUGGAACUGACGGACCACUGCAAAAAGAAAUAUCAGAAAGACGCGGCGGUUCGUGUCGGCACUGUCAUUUUGUUCACCGCGAGUAUUCGGGUCAGUUUUUGUCAAUAUUUCUCUAAAAAGUCGAAAUAAUUUAGUGCUCGAUCAUGGCCGUGUACAAUCAGACAAGAGUCUCGGACUUGUUCAAUCUGAUGACCUUCGAUCCCCUCGUCAAAGAUGUCUUUCUCUCUUAA